GCAGUUGUCUUCGAUCAAUCGCGGUGAACGUUACGUGCCUUGACUGAAUAACGUCAUGUUCAAGACAUUAUAGUGAUAUAAACGAGCAACACCAAUCCGAUAUUUGUUUGUGGUUUUAAACCUGUACGCACGUGGUUUUCAAAUUGCACAGAUACGAAGAAGUUUACGUAAUAAUGAGUUCUGAUUAUCUGAUUGAUGAUCAUACACGGAACGGUUGUUUGCGGACAGUCUGUGAUUUGUUGCGGAGAAAUUGAAAAAAUAAGUCACGUAGAAUAAUAGCGACCACGUAACUCUAGCUCGUAAACGAUAUACUCGAAGAAACACGACCAAAUGAUCUCACGUGUGUCAUCUUUUCUUAACAUCAGAAGCAUCGUUAAGAUACUAUGCGGCAUUUACUCGACGAGCGGCAUCGCGCUGUUAUUUAUCUUUGUAAUGCUAUGUGCCUUGAGCGAGAGAGUAAGAUAUCGAGUGAAAUUCAUUUUCUUCAUAGUAGCGAGCGCACUAGCCGCGGGAUUAUGGAUACCGUUCAUGCUAUUUCGAAUCGGCAGCUGGAAAAACGCGCUUAUGCCGGCCAGAGGCGUGGUGACGAUAGCAAAGAUCAUCGGGAUGAAUUUCCGUAUUCGCGGCAAGGAGAACAUCGUCAAAGACUCGGGCUGCGUCGUGCUCAUCAAUCAUCAGAGUUCAUUAGACCUUUGCGUUUUAGGUGAACUGUGGUUAACGAUGGACAAUUGCACCGUUAUUUCGAAGAAGGAGAUUUUGUACCUUGGACCGUUUGGUCUCGCGUGCUGGCUCUGGGGAACGGUGUUCAUCGAUAGAAAAAAUGCCACAGAAUCAUGCCAGAUUAUUAAUGCUACAGCGGAAUCGAUUCGUCUGGCGAAGCGGAGGCUUCUUCUAUUUCCCGAGGGUCAUCGACAUUCGGGCAAUUCAUUGCUUCCCUUCAAAAAAGGUGCUUUCCAUGUGGCGAUUGAGUCUCAAAUGCCGAUUCAACCCGUUGUCGUGUCAAAGUAUUACUUCCUAGACGGAAAAUUAAAAAGAUUCCAUUCAGGAAGUAGUUAUAUUACUAUUCUACCGCCGAUUCCCACCGAGGGUAUGACCAAAGAUGAUCUUCCAAAGCUCAUGGGGCAGGCGUACGAAGUUAUGAACAAAGCCUUCGUAGAAUCCACGUCGGAAUGCCUCGAGGAACAGAUACGAAGUUUGAAGUGCGAGUGAUAAGAGUAACACAGAACAACUAUCGUGAUCUAAGUUCUAAUCAAUCAGAGAGCUCGCGACUAACUGAUCUGCCGCUUGCAAAUCCACCGAGAUUACACGUGUGAAUGACUUUAUUGUGUCAAAUAAUUGUUACCAAUUUCCAUCGACGCGUGUGUAUCCUGCACAUUCUUUCAUAUACACGAC